AUGGCUGCCGCCGACACUGAAAUUCACAGCUUCCUCGGUAACACCAUUUAUUCUUCAUUGCCCCUUCUCGUUGAGGAAAUGUCUGUUCUUAUGCGUCAUGGUUCGUUUUCUUUCGGAAGAUAUGCCGAUGAUUCAAUUGCAUGGGAGAAAAGGACAGUUUUUAGUUACGAUAGACGUCAAGAGGAACUAGAGAAGAUUAAGGCCUUAGGAACAGUUGCUCAAAAGAAGGCCAAUUUUGAUGAAUUCUUCAAAAAUGUUGCCCAUCAGCAACAAACCAACCAAUCUGGACCUAGUCAAGAUACAAAAGAUGGUGCCAAAGAAGAAGGAAAUGGCACUGAUGCUGCUGUUGUAGAAAAGGAAAGAAAACUGAGCAAUGCUAAACAAAUUCAGAUCCCAGACAGCCUGGGAAUUUUGAACAAUAGUGACAUCUUACCAAGUUACCAGGAAGCAAAAGAUUCCUCUACUGAAAAUAAUGAUGCUACCAUAAAAGAAGGAACGAAUAUGGUUCCACUGGAAGAUUCUUUUGAAGAAGCUUCUGUUUCUCACCCGCCACUGCCCGAGGGAAAUCCAAGAGGUGUCGAGAAAAAAAGCAUUGCCUCCGGCGAAGGAAAGGAAACUACUAAUGGAACGACACAGCAUAGCUCUGUUUUAAAGGAUGUUUUAAAGGAUAAGGGGAAUGUUGUUCCUGCUAUUAAAAACAAAGCAAAGGUGCUUAACAUUACUAAAGACGUUGGUACAAAAUCGAAACCAAAUUCAUCUCUUUGCCGGCAAGCUAUUGUCAAGGUUAGUAAAAGUGUCAUUUCAGGCAAAGAAAAUACCCCAAAUGCUGUAAGAACUAUUAGUGGACAAAUUACUGGAUCACGCUCUAGCUUACCUAGAUUGUCUGGACCAUCGAAACGUGGUAGCCUGGUGUCUUCUUCUUCUAGCACUAGCAUUAUAAAAACUGAAGCAAAGCCACUUUCAAAAAGAACCAAACAAAAAACAGAGUUGCCAGUGCAAAUUCCUAGGGCUAAAGUAACAAGGCUGGUGUCAUCUUCUUCUAUCUCUAGCUUUAAAAAAACUGAAGCUAAGCCUAGUUUAAAAAGAACCACACAAGAAAAAGGGUUACCAGUUCAAAUUCCCAGCGCUCAAGUAACAAGGCUAGUGUCAUCUUCUUCUAGUUCUAGCAUUAGAACAACAGAAGCCAAGCCAAGUUUAAAAAGAACCAGGCAAAAAAAGGAGUUUCCAGUGCAAAUUCCCAGUACUCGAGUAACAAGACUGGUGUCAUCUUCUUCUAGCUCAAGCAUUAGAAAAACAGAAGCCAGGUCAUCUUCAAAAAGAACAAAUCGAGAAAGAGAUCUUCCAGAGCAAAUUCCCAGCGCUCACGUAAGACGGCUGGUGUCAUCUUCUGCUAGCUCUAGCACUAGAAAAACAGAAGCCAAGCCAUCUUCAAAAACAACCAAUCAAGGAACAGAGCUUCCAGAGAAAAUUAAAGUGCUCAAGUAAGAAGGCUAGUGUCAUCUUCUGCUAGCUCUAGCAUUAGAAAAAAAAG